UUCAGUGAGUUCGCGGAGCGGAGCAGUGACGCAGUGGCUGCGGCUAACGGCUCCGAGUCUAGUCGAAAUGGACCGGUUCUGGUUAAAAUGCUGACGUCCGGACCGCUCGCCGUCUGACAUGGACGCUGGUGACGUCAAGGAUGUGAAGCUUUCUCCUGAGGUGGAACCGUUCAUCCCACAGAGAAAAGGUUUUGAAGGAUCUAUAGUCGGCAUGAGUCUCUCCGGUGAGGCUGGAGGAGGCAGCGGGGUGGAGACGACACCCAUACCCAGCUACCUCAUCACCUGCUACCCCUUUGUCCAGGAGAACCAACCCAACAGGCAGCAUCCUGUGUACAGUGGAGGGGAGCUGCGCUGGCAGCAGCCGAACCCGCCCCCUGGGGGUCCAUACUUGGCCUACCCCAUCCUGUCCUCCCCCCAGCCUCCCGUCUCGAACGACUACACCUAUUACCAGAUCAUGCCAGCUCCCUGCCCCCCUGUCAUGGGUUUCUACCAGCCCUUCCCUGGACCCUAUGCAGGCCCGGUCCAAGCUGGCGUGGUCAGUCCGGUCUCUGCAGAGGUCGGUGAAAGGUCGUUAUCUCUCGGACUGGCUUACGGACCGACCGCUCAGAGGGGGAGAGGCAUGGUCCGGUCUACCAUUCUGCCAAAUCCUCACCUGGGUGUGGGCCAGACUCUGAGGGGCCGCCGGCCUCCAACUAGAAGCAUAGCCGUGCAGAAGGAGGUGUGCACGUUGGCUCCAGAUGGAAGGACCAAGAUCAUUAUGUUGGUGGAUGCUGCACAGCAGACAGAUUUCCCAGGUGAGGUGCCGGGUCGAGGUUCUGCAGAGCGGGUCAGUCCUCUGAUGUGGAAAAACAGAACCAAGAGAAGACGGACGCCUCAUCAAGCUGAGAGCCACAGCGAGCAGGGCGCCAGCGAGGCGGACAUCGACAGUGACAGCGGUUACUGUAGUCCCAAACACAACCAGGCAGCCGGGUUGGCCCAAAGACCUGCAGAGAACACUGCAACGCCUCUGAUGGAGCCAGCCAUCAUGGCAAGAGGCAGCUGGGUCCACGUAGCAUCUCAGGCGACCCAACAGCCUUGGAGGGACAGAACCGGGCCAUUCCAGAGGAAGAAUCCUGACCAGAUAAUCCUGCCUCAGAAUUUUCUUAAUGGCUAUCCAGGACGACUCACAGCCAACCAGUCAGAACCAAGGCUGCAGCCAGCAGGGGUCACUGGUACCGAUCUCACUCCAGAACCACUUUACUUUGAGGAUGAAGACGAGUUUCCAGAUUUGGGCAACGGAGGGUCUGUCCAGAUCCGCAACAGACCUGAAUCUGCUCCUGCUCAGAACCACACACAGCCCAAACUGCCCAAAAACCUGCUGGACGACCUUCCAGAGAACUCUCCUAUCAACAUCGUCCAGACUCCCAUCCCCAUCACCACCUCAGUUCCUAAGAGGGCCAAGAGCCAGAGGAAGAAGGCUUUGGCUGCUGCUUUGGCCACGGCGCAGGAGUAUUCUGAAAUCAGCAUGGAGCAGAAGAAGCUGCAGGAAGCGUUCAUCAAGGCUGCAGGGAAGAAGAGUCGAUCGUCCGUGGAGCUGGACCUGGGCGACAUGCUGGCUGCUCUGGAGAAACAGCAGCAGGCCAUGAAGGCCCGGCAGCUGACCAACACCAAGCCUCUGUCCUUCACAGUUGGAACAACGGCUCCGUUCCACAGCUCGGGCUGCAGCGCCGUGACCUCCAUGAUCCGAGGCCCGCAGCAGCUGAGCCCUCAGAACGCCUUAGACACCACGGCCCGGGUCAAGAGGGGCAAGGAGAGGGAGGUUCCUAAAGUCAAACGGCCCACGGCUCUUAAAAAGAUUAUUCUGAAAGAACGGGAAGGAAAGAAAGGAAAGCCCAGUGCAGAACAGGAGAACCCAGGUCACGAGGAGCCCGAGGACGAGAACCUGCAGUUUGGUGAUGAUCUGGAGCGAGAACCUGCUUCCCAAGAAGAGAACGGUCUGAGCGUGCCCAGUGACGCCUCACUCUCCCCAGCCAGUCAGAACUCUCCAUACAGCAUCACCCCAGUGUCCCAGGGUUCUCCUGCCAGCUCCGGGAUCGGCAGUCCCAUGGCUUCCAACGCCAUCACAAAGAUCCACAGCCGGCGCUUCAGAGAGUACUGCAACCAGGUGCUGAGCAAAGAGAUCGAUGAGAGUGUGACUCUGCUGCUGCAGGAGCUGGUUCGGUUCCAGGAGAGGGUCUACCAAAAGGACCCCACCAAAGCCAAGUCCAAACGCAGACUGGUAAUGGGUCUGAGGGAGGUCACCAAGCACAUGAAGCUGCAGAAGAUCAAGUGUGUGAUCAUUUCUCCCAACUGUGAGAAGAUCCAGGCCAAAGGAGGUCUAGAUGAAGCUCUGUACAACGUCAUCGCCAUGGCGAGGGAGCAGGAGAUCCCGUUUGUGUUUGCUUUGGGUAGAAAAGCUUUGGGUCGCUGCGUCAACAAGCUGGUUCCCGUCAGCGUUGUUGGGAUCUUCAGCUAUUCUGGAGCCGAGGGUCUCUUCAACCGCCUGGUGUCCCUGACAGAAGAAGCUCGGAAGGCCUAUAAGGACAUGGUGUCUGCUCUGGAGCAGGAGCAGGCUGAAGAAGCUCUGAAGCAUGACAAGAAGGUCCCUCACCACAUGGGCCACUCCCGGAACCACUCUGCUGCUUCCGCCAUCUCCUUCUGCUCCAUCUUCUCCGAGCCCAUCUCCGAGGUCAACGAGAAGGAGUAUGAGACCAACUGGAGGAACAUGAUGGAGUCCUCAGACGCUCCCGAUCCUGCAGAGACAGAACCCAGUCGUCCAGCACCUCCUCCGGUCACUCACAAAGAUCCUGACACCCCUGCAGCCAAUACCAACCCCGUCCCACCUAGCCCCACCACCCCUCAGUCCAGAACUGGACCUCCUGGACCCGGCGACAGAGACGAGGUCCGAGCCGACGACCGCCUGGAGCUGGCCUCACAGAGCACAGAGACCGGGUCCUUGGACGGGAGCUGCAGAGGCCCGCUCACCUCCUCCAUCACCUCCACCACAUCCACCCUGGUCCCCGGGAUGCUGGAGGAGGCUGAGGAGGAGGAGGAAGAGGAGGAAGAUGACACUCCCGAACCCAUCUCUGUGGAGGUACCGACUCUCAGCAGCCGCAUUGACUCCUGGGUGUCGAAGACCCUGGAGAACCUCCACCUGGGGAAAAACCAGGAGAGUACAGAGGAGGAGGAAGAGGAGGAGGAGGAGGAGGACAGGGGGCAGAGUGAGGAAGAGGAGGAGCUUGAUUCAGCAGACGUCACAGAGACUCAAGAUGGAAAUCAAGAAGGAGAUGGGACGAAGACAAAAGAGUUCGUCUCGGUUUGACUCCUGACUUCAGGUGUUUACUCAGGUAUCUGACCAACACACAGACGCACACACACACACACACACACACACACACAGAGACACACACACACACACACAGAAACACGCAGAUUUCCCUUUCUGCAGACCAAACUACAUGUGCUGGUCAUAAAAUUAGACUAACAUGAAAAAUUUGAUUUAUUUAAAUAAUUCCAUUCAAAAA